AUGCGACCUUUAAAGGAUAAGAUAGGGCCAACGGCAGCCCAGGCGUUUGAAGACGUAUUGGCUGAUAGAAGGCAACAUACGAAGCUUUGCACGGACAAAGGACAAGAAUUUCGAUCAAAAGCCUUCAAUUAUGUAUUAACGGAUCACAACAUAGAGCAUUUUUAUUCUAAAAAUACCGAAGUGAAAGCCAACUAUACAGAGAGAGCUAUCAAGACCAUCAAAACUAAGGUGUAUCGUUACAUGACAUUCAAACAAUCACAACGAUACAAUGAUCGUCUUCAGGAAUUCCCUCGAAGUUACAACAUGAAGUGCAUGUACCACCGAACUAUUGACACCAAACCCGCACUGGUUAGACCAAACAACGAAGAAGAAGUGCGCGUAUCUACAUUCCUGUCGCGGGGAGAUUCCACGCAAGCAAUCAAAGUGGCUAUACAAGUUCAAAGUGGGUGA